AUGACUCGAGCGUCGUACCAAUGCACCCUUCGGGACGACGGCAGUCUGCCCCUCCUGAGCCACUGUGUUGCGCAAAAAAGCUGCAACCUUGUACAUGACAAUAUCCCCCGUUCGGCCCGAAACUUGGCCGCUACUGAAUCGCUCUCAAACGUCUCCUCCUCUACUUCUACUUCUACCUCAACUCUCACUCCUAUGGCGGUUGUUCCGCCAGAGAGUUCUGUCCUCUCACUCCUUAGUGGCAUCAGCCCUUGUCUAUCAGUCAAGGAGCUCCAAGUCAUCCCUUCGGCUCGCCUGCAACGUCUUUAUAAUGUCACGGUCACUGAGGGCCCAAAUCUUCUUUUUGCUUUACCUCCACCUGCAGUUAUCCGCCUACUGCGUGCUGAGAAGUCAACGCUAGGUUCUGAAGCUGCUGUGUUGAAGUGGCUGUCUGCUGUUGCUAGAGAGAUAAAGGUGUGUUCGGACUCUGGAAUCAAAGAACCCAUAAACAGGACAACCAGGACUAUGUUAGGGAGUGAGGCCACUGUCGAGUUACUGACUGGAUAUCUACCUACUCUUGUUCGUCAUGAGUCUCUUGGUGGUAUGUUACCUGUGGAAUAUAACCUCAUCCGACCGUCACGAGGUACACCUAUAUCCACUCUAACUAAAUCCCUAAGCUCAAGUGAGCGGAAGGCGGCGGACGUCCAGACUGGGCGACUUCUCCGCCGGAUAUCUUGUCAAGUUUCACCAACGAGGAGGUUUGGCAUUGCUGCCGAUGUACUCUCGGUCCCUCCCUCAGUUGUCCACCACCCGCCACGACGCUUUGAGGGAAGCUUGAGCGAUUCAAAAGGUGCCGACUCAUGGAGGAUAGCGUUCCAUAGCCUAUUGGAAUCCGUCCUUCGAGAUGGUGAGGACUUGACUAUCAUGUUCAACUACAGAAAUAUCCGAUACCAAUUUGAGCGCUUCGAGCAUCUGCUUGAUGCAGUGACAAAACCUCGCCUGGUUGUUCUGGAUGCGGGAGAGGACUCGAAUACAUUGAUACAUCGGUCAUGCGAAACUGGGAGGGAACCAAAUGCGCCUGCUGAGGAAUCAAUCGGUGUUCCAAUACGGCCCAAAUCAUCAUUGAGAACUUCAAAGAGAUCAGAUUAUGGGAGAGGGCGGCCUGACUACAGGAUAGUCAUCCAGAACGAUACCAUCAAAAGAGAAGAUUUCUUCAUUGGGAAUGAGUCUACUAUGAGCAACAUUGAAGUAACUGGUUUACGACAAUGGAGCCACUGUUUGUUCGGCGAUCCUCUCAUGGCAACAGUCUUCAGCAAACGACCACGGCCAUCAGAGGACUUUUGGCGAGGCUUUGACAAACCGCUGCCAGGACACGAAGCAGCACCGGCUGACAUCAUCGAGGACCGAGAGAACGCACACAUCCGCACGCUGUUAUACGAGCUCUACCACGCGGUGGUCUCUCUGGUGGGAGAGUAUUACAGGCCGCAAAACGACAGUAGCAGGCGGGAACUUGCGGCGCGGAAGCAUCUCGGAAACGUGCUGUCUCAGCUGGAAGAGCUUGAUGACAGGGGCCAGCCACGACGCAGACGCAUGGGUGGUGAGAUGUCGCCUGCUAAAAGGCCGCGUUCUGGUCAAGAGAGUGACGAGGAUAGCGAACCUUGA